UGGUCACAUUUGCAUUUGGGCAAAACUCCCGCCUCUCUCUCUCUCUCUCUCUCUCUUUCUCUCUCUCUCUCUAAAUUUCCAGUGAAAUCGUGAAAGCUGAAGAUGAAGACCACUCGCAGCAGAUUCAAAAAACCUCCUACUGUAUCUAAGCUUGUUUUGGAGGAGGUAAUUGGAUUGACAACGAAAAGUGGAAAUGGGUUAGCUUCGAAUGUCUCGAGUUCCAAAUGUGCUUAUUUGGCUGGUUCUGUGGUGGUGAUUCUUGACGUGAAUUCGGGUACUCAGUCACACCUAAUUGCAUCUGAUAGAUUGUCAUUGAAGCCUUUGAGCUGUGUAGCUUUGUCAAAAGAUGGCCGCUUUGUUGCGGCUGGAGAGACAGGAAACCAGUCCUCAGUACUAGUUUGGGAUUCUUCUACUUUGUCCGUUGUCUCUGAAUUGAAAGGCCAUCUAUUGGGAGUUACAUGCAUCUGUUUCUCACCGAAUGGUAAACAUCUGGUAUCUGGUGGUGGAUAUAUUUACCUUUGGGACUGGCGGAGUGGUCACCUGAUAACAAAGUUUCAAGCAACUUCAUCUGGUUCUACUGUCUCAAGUGUUGGCUUCUCAUCAGAUGCAAAAUUUAUUGUAACUGCUGGUAAAAAGCACUUGAAAUUCUGGACACUUGAAUCAUCUAGGAAAACUCAACAAAAUGGAGGGAUGCGCAGGACUGCCAGGAGUGCAUCAUUAGCAAUACACGAAAAGCUUGCCAAUCUCUCAAUUGAGAAAGAUUGUUCAUUUACAUCUAUUGCUUCUUCUGUGUGGACCAAUAGCAGCGAUGAUAAUCGUAAACAAGCUGGUGGUUUAUUUCCUAUAUACGCAUUGACUGAUUCAGGCAUUUUAUACCUUAUUCAUUCUGGGCUGUCAGUCAAAAAGUCGGUGAUCUUGAAGGUUCAAAGAGCUUUUGCAUUAUCAACAUCGGAAAAGCUAAUUGCUUGUGCAUGCAAUAAUGGAACAGUCCUAUUAUAUACCCCCGUGUCGCUGGAAUAUGUAGGCAGUAUAUUAUAUUCAAAGGCCAAGAAGUUUUAUGAAGAAAACAACACUGUUUACCAUGCCGUAUUUCCCGAACAAAAUUCUCAACAGUUACCUGCACUGCCUGAUGCAGUUGCAUGUCAGUUUUUAGCCUUCGAAAAGCUUGUGGUUAUUUACAGCGAUCAUAGCCUCUACAUCUGGGACAUCCAUGAUGUGAAUCAGGCUACAAAGUGUUUUGUGCUAGUUUCACAUUCCUCAUGCAUAUGGGAUAUCAAGAAUCUAUGUUGUGAAAACAUGCAUGAUCCAUCUCUUGCAUGCACUGCCAAAGGUUGUUCUGGAGGGAUUUCUUUUGCAACAUGCUCUGCCGAUGGUACAAUUAGGCUAUGGGAUAUUUCUUUGCAAUCUGAUUUGUCAAAAGACGCCAAAGAACUUAAGAAUGAACUAUUGGGUUCUUCAUGUUUAGUAAGUGCUGGUACUUUUGAGCGUGAUGCAGUUAAGGUAGAUCUUAACAGUCAAGAAUUUCGAUCGCUUGCUGUUAGUUCAGAUGGAAAGCAUCUUGCUGCUGGUGAUUGCAAUGGAAACCUUCAUAUAUACAACCUUCAAACAUCAGAUUACACAUGUUUGCAGGGUGCUCAUGAUGCCGAGAUUCUUACAUUAAGCUUUACCUUGUCCACCCAAGACAUAUAUGGGGAAAUUGCAAAAGGCAGUUACUUUCUUGCCUCAGGGGGACGAGAUUGUAUGAUCCAUCUCUAUGAUGCUGAAAGAAAUUUUGAUCUUAUUGGUAGCGUUGGUAAUCAUUCGGCUGCAGUGACUUCUAUCAAAAUUAGCAGUGACAGUUGCAAGAUCCUCAGUUGCAGUGCUGAUAGUUUCCUGGUAGUUCAUGAUGUAGUGAUAGCAGAUAAUGGUUAUAAAAUUUUUAUGCAACAUCGUCAAAGGGCUUCACAAUGUGGAACUGUUUAUGACAUGGCUGUGGAUCAGACAUGUGAGACUGUUGUUACAGUUGGGCAGGAUAAGAAGAUAAAGGCAUUCGACAUGGAAACUCGGAGACUAAUAAGGUCCUACAAUCAUGAUAAUUCUUUUGGAGAACCUAUAAAGGUUAUAAUGGAUCCUAGCUGCACAUAUGUGGUGUGCUCAUUCUCUAACAAGUCCAUCUGCAUCUACGACUUUAUGACUGGAGAGAUGGUUGCCAAGGCCACAGGACAUGCUGAAAUUGUUACUGGUGUCAUCUUCUUGCCUGAUUGCAAGCAUUUAGUUUCAGUGGAUGGUGAUGGUUGUGUUUUUGUAUGGAAAUUGCCCACUCCAUUGUCUUCUAAAAUAUUGGAGAAAAUAAUGGAAAAAAGUAAUCCAUUGCCUUCUAGAAUCCCUGAUCAACCUCCUGCUUGUAGCCAUCUAUCAUCUUGCAAAAAGGAGUGUCAGCAUUGCAAGAUCAAUCAUGAGGAUGUCUGCUCAUUUAGGAAAGAGAAACAAAGCAGGAAUGGAGUGCUUAAUUCAAAAAGCAGUCAUAGAGAGACUCCGUCUUUUAAGUAUAGUAUUUCAAGACUUCCCAGAUGGGCACAAGCAAAAGUGACAGACUACAAUAAUGUCUGCAAGAAUGUUAGUGACACUUCAUUAGAGGCAUAUUCUGCUUUAUCCCCAGAAAUUCAAAUACCAUCUGAUCAUGCUUCUUUAUCGCCGGAGACUGUGAGCACUCAAUGCUCUUCAAGGCCUAGAGGUACUUUCAACAACACUGAUUUGGACAACCAUUGGCGCUCUGUUUACACUGUUUGUAUGGAUGCACUUUCAUCCCCCGAGAUGCAGAAUAUACUUGAGACAAGGUUUCGAAAGACUUCCUCGAGUUUAAGAUGGCUUAUUCCAGGACAAGAUAGGGCUAUGAACAGUGAGAACCAGAUCUCCUUCAAGCAUAGUAGCCUUAAUGAGGAAAUGGGUGUUGUUUUGGACCAGCGUAUCGGUAAAAAAAAUGAUUCUUUUGGGUAUUCUGAAGAAGUUUCCGAUAGAAAAGCAGAGCAGUCGCAUUUAGAAGAAUCUGGAAGCAUGUCAAAAACAACUCUUGAUGAUAACUUGGACAGUCUGCGCUGUGAAGAAGAGAGUGGUAUCUUUAAGCGACAUUUUGGAAGCCUAUCAAAUACACAUAAGAUGGAGUCAAGGAAUUCAUCAGUUAGAAGGUUUUCUGCAAGAUAUACUGUACAGUGGGAUUAUGCAGGGGACUACAAGAAAUUAUUUAGUAGUCCUGUCAGAAAUAUGCCUGAUAGCAAGAGGUCCAAGGAAGAAGCUGCAACUGAUAUUAUACCAGAAAGCAGAUCCUCGCAGUUCAUGGAAAUUGAAGAAGUAGGAAAUUCUUGUGAACAGGACCCUGCCAAAGAAGGUUCAACUGUCGAUCGGCUGGGGCUAGACCGAGAUCAAAAGGAAGGUGGCCGUGAAGGGAGUGAACUGCAAGAAACCAUAGCUGCAUGCAAGAAAGCAUUUGGUAGCUUGGAUGCAGCAGCUGAGAGUGCUGUGCAAUUAUUUUCAAAAUUAGAAAGUUACGGAGAAGAGGUUUCAAGUGAUGGCGUUCAAUUUUUAAAAGAUGCUGCCGAGCUUCUUCCACUAAUUGUUGAGAAAGUAAAUACUGUUGCUAGAUUGGUUCAAUGUAGGAAGAACAAUAAGAGUGGAAGUGGAUUAGGCGUUCCAGAAGCAAGUUAAUUGUUGAUAGAUUUGUCAAAGGCUACAAGGACAAAGUUUAGGAAACACCAAAAGAAGUUACAGAGGUUCAUUGAAAUAUUAUUCAUAGUCUCAUGCAGAAUAUACUGAUCCUUUACUUUGACUUAAACAAAGAUGUCUGAAGCUAAAAACUUCUUAAAACAGUUUCUGGCCUUCCUUCAUAAUUUUGUACAUCAAGGAGAAAAGUUGAUGGUUGUUCAUCUUCAGCAAAAGCUUUUGAGUCAAGAAGUCUAAUCAAGGAUCAGAAUCACUGCCAAAGUGAUUUCUGUGAGAGACGUAGAAGCUGCGAAUAAGACUUGGGAAAUUCAACCUUUUUUGCUAUAUUUCUCCAUAGGAAGCUGGUAAAUAGAAAAGCCCUAGAGAACCUUAUUAUUUUAUAUUUACCUUUAAAACUAAUGUGUUUUGGUUUAAGCCUCUUUGUAAUGAAUGUUGCUCUUCUUCAGAAUUAAAAAAAAAAAAAAAAAAAAAA